UCAUCUGGCUCCAUUUUAUAAUCCCGUUUGAUGGACACCACUUCUAAUCUUGAUGUUUGCUUUUUGACUGGAUUAACGACACUAUGAACCGCACAGUGGAGCGUCUGUCAUAGGGAACUCCAGAGACCUUUGCCUCCAGUCAGCGCAGCUCCAGUCUGGUUUUUGCAUAGUUGUGUGUAGUUAGUUCUUUGCUGGUGAGGCUUCAUUCUUCCCCACUAGAGGCAGGGUCCCUGCAGAGCGUCUCCUCUGUGGGCAGCUCCUCUCAUCUCCCACAAACCCCCAAGCCUCUUAAGGCCUGAUACCACUACCUGCAUAACGUUGGCUGCUUUUCCUGAGCCCGCUCUCAACGGGAGGAAUCUCACCGCCUGCGUGUGCGUGCAGUUGUAAGAAUGAAGGCGAACCAGUUCAUCUGGCGGCCGCCUCCCCGCAUCCUCUGUGCCGGUCCUGCAGCGAACAGCAGCUCUGUGCUGAUUCCGCCCGCUCAGACAUGGCCGCCUCUGAUGACACAGAAGCGUCUCUCACGGCCGUGGAUUUUAUCCAGCUGCAGCAGUACAUGGAGUACAGCACUCUGAGGGUGAAAGACGUGAUCAAGGAGUUCCAGCCGCGGGGUCGUCUGGCCCAGCACAGCUUCGGAGAGUGCGUCGACUUCUCGGGUUUUUGCUUGUUUCUCAAGACCUACUUGGAAGUGGACGACUUUCCGACAGAUUUCUGCCAACGGCUCUUUUGCUACUUUCAAAACGUGGAGACCGAUGGGAGCGCAAAGACAAAGGGCUCUUUGCCUAAAGGAGGCGGGGUUUUCCUCCGUGACGUCUCCUGCUACUUCUCUGUGCUGGAGGAGGGACAGCCACGGGACAAGCUUGAAUUUACUUUCAAACUUUAUGACAAAGACGGCAACGGACUCCUGGACAGCUCUGAAGUGGAUCGUAUAAUCACCCAGAUGAUGCGGGCUGCGGACUACCUGGGCUGGGACGUGACUGAGCUCAGACCUGUGCUCACAGACAUGAUGGCAGCGAUUGAUGUUGACAACAGUGGGACGGUCACGCUGGAGGAAUGGCUGAAGGGAGGCAUGAACAACGUGCCUUUACUCGUUUUGCUCGGACUGAAGGUGACGACGAGGGACGGCCAGCACAACUGGAGGAUGAAGCAUUUCAACAGGCCCACCUACUGCAGCGUGUGUCUCAGCAUGCUGCUGGGCCUCGGCAAGCAGGGACUCUGCUGCACCUAUUGCAAGUACACCGUCCACAGUCAGUGCGCCAACAAGACGUCUCACCCUUGCGCUCGUACCUUCGUCAGGUCCAAGAUGGACAUUGGAGUAAGCAGCACAGUGUUCCCCUCCCGCUGCCAGGUCCGAAUGGAAGCGGCUAUAGCGGCUCACGAGUGGAUCAGAGCCGACUGUAACUCCAACAGGUGUCAGGUCUGCAGCAAGAAGAUCCGGACCCUAGCGGGGAGGAGCUGCGUGUGGUGCCAGGAGAUGCGCCACGACGAGUGCGUCUUCUCCGGCUUAUCGUCCUGCGACUGCGGGCCGUUCAGGGAUCACAUACUGCCUCCGUGGGCGAUAUACGCGGUCUCCAAGGACGAGGACAGCCUGUUAAACGUCACCCCCGACGGCCACAACCUACAGAUUGUUCCAGUUGCAGACACUCACCCGCUGCUGGUGUUUGUAAACCCGAAAAGUGGAGGAAAGCAGGGUGAUAGAGUGCUCAGGAAGUUUCAGUACCUUCUGAACCCACGUCAAGUCUACAACCUGUCCAACGGAGGUCCUGGUCCAGGGCUGCACUUCUUCCGUCACCUGUGCGACUACAGGAUCCUGGUGUGCGGAGGCGACGGCACCGUCGGCUGGCUGCUGGACGCUAUAGACAAAGCCGAGCUCCAGGUGCGUCCACCAGUAGCUGUCCUGCCCCUGGGCACUGGGAACGACCUGGCCCGCUGUCUCCGCUGGGGCGGAGGCUACGACGGGUCCGACUUGAAAGACAUCCUGAAGGAGAUAGAGGCCAGCGAGCUGGUUCCCAUGGACCGCUGGAGCAUCCAGGUGAUCCCAGAUGACCCUCGGAGCGCCGGAGACCUCGCGCCCUUCGAGAUAAUCAACAACUAUUUCUCUGUUGGAGUGGACGCAUCUAUUGCUCAUCGUUUCCACUCGAUGAGAGAGAAACACCCCCGCAGGUUCAGCAGCAGAACGAAGAACAAGCUUUGGUAUUUUGAGCUGGCCACUUCCGAGACGCUCUCUGCCACCUGCAAGAAGCUGAAGGACUACCUCACGAUUGAGUGCUGUGGGAGACGCCUGGACCUGAGCGGCAUGUCUCUGGAGGCCAUAGCUGUCCUCAACAUACCCAGCAUUCACGGCGGCUCCAACCUGUGGGGCGAGUCCAAGAAGAGCGAGGGCGUCCCGGCAGCGGAGCCCGGCGAGGCCAUCACCGACGCCGAGGUCCUUAAGGCCGUGUCACAGGACAUGAGUGACAGGCGUGUGGAGGUGGUGGGCCUGGAGGGAGUUUUGGAGAUGGGGCAGAUUUACACUGGAUUGAAGAGCGCUGGGCGCAGACUGGCACAGACCUCUCAAAUCACCAUCAGGACGAUCAAGGCUCUGCCCAUGCAAAUCGAUGGGGAACCUUGGAUGCAGCCUCCUUGUACUAUCCAUAUAACUCACAAGAAUCAAGCUAACAUGCUCAUGGCUUCACCGACCAAACCAUCCGGCUUCUUUCACCUCAAGUAGCGCAGCAGUGAGAGCAUCACUACAGUCUGCAGAGCAUCACAGCAGCCCGCCCAGCGACAAGUGUUAACGUGUGCGCGGUUUCCACCCAGUCCCCGAUUCAAUGCACAGCUAUUUCAAAGUACAUUGUCCUGCACGCCCGCCAAAAUAAAAGUGCACAUUUCAUCAGUGUACAUGUGAACGCUGCUAUCGUGUGCCAACUUGUUUGUUCGUGUAAACGCCACUGCGGAGUUGUUUACCUUCAGUGUACAUAAUGUAUUCACUCGUUUCCUCUGUACUUCCUGAUGCAGCUGGUGAUGAACUGGCACCAAAAGACCCACAUCUGUUCACCUUGUGCUCUUCCCGUUCAUUCAGACUUGUUUCAGUGUUUAUUCAGCUAGAAGAAAAAUACAUACUGUGUUUAAUUCCUGUGUUUAAAAGCUUUACUCAUUAAAUACGUUUUGCUGAAAUGAAGAACGGAAGACUUGACUUAAUGCUGCUGAAUGUAGUUUUAUAAAUAUCAGCUCUAAUGAAUUGAUGUACUGGAGAUGAUGACAUUUGACGGUAUUCCCUGCAUUUUCAGAGUUUAGUAAACACGUAUUUAAUAUGACAGUGUGUUGGGAAUGAUUAAUAAUGACAUCAUCAGAGUUACUGCAUUGUUCUUGACAGUCAUCUCUGCCUGUUUAUUGUACAUGAGCCUUUUAGUAAAGCUCUUGUGUGUGUGUGUUAUAAUAUGCUUAUUCAGUAAGUGUGGCAUCGCACACUGACCUACUGUAGAAGAGAGGAAGUGGCAGACGUAGAGCAAAGGUGUAGCUCAGGUUGGGUCACUUCUUUUUUUUAGUUGUUUGUGUGUUGAUGGACGUAUACAGUAUCAACGAUUGAGUGUAAAAUUGCUUAAAUAUGUUAUUUGUUUAGAAAGGAAAGAUUACUAAGCUAAAAAAAUAUUAAUAAACCUGCUCUGUGUGUGA